CCGCGCUCCGGGGCGGCCGCUGGCUGCAGCCCCCGCUUGUCACUCGGCGGUCCAAAGAGGAGGCGCUCCGGCCCGGGUCCCUCGGCCACCUCCGGGAGGUCCUUAUUGGGUUUUGUUAUCAAGGUUAUGCUGACGUCAUUAAAGGACUUGGAAAUAAUUCCCACUUUUUUCAUUCUCUGGAAGAUUUUGUAAGAAAGGCCCGGUACGAACACAGAGAGGAGGUGGCUGUGUCCAAGCCAAGCACGCAGCUGUCACUAGAAACCAGCUCUGACAGCACCUUGAUCGUGGACUUCUAGCUUCCAGAAUUGGCUGGAAGAAAAUAAUUUGCUGAGAUGUCAGCUCAGGAUUCUUCUAGAAAAACUCUGGAAAUGGAGUGCUUUCACACAAGAUUCAGUGCCUGGACACCUUUCAGCAACAAGUCAUUAAAUAGAGAGCUCUUUCAGGAAAGAGUUGCUCUUAUAAGUCAUUGGUUUGACCUCUGGACUAACAAGCAACGUCAAGAAUUCUUAUUCACGAUUUUUUUACGAUGCACUAAAUCACAGUUAAGGAUUGUCCAAGAGUGGUUUUCAGAAAGGAUGCAAAUGGCCAAAGUGGAUUUCUCUACGGUGUUACCGCGCUUCAUUUCUCUAUAUAUCUUUUCCUUUCUGAAUCCAAAAGAUUUGUGUGCAGCUGCACAAGUCAGCUGGGCCUGGAAGUUUUUAACUGAACAGGACUGCUUAUGGAUGCCCAAAUGCAUUAGGUUUGGGUGGUUUCUGCCCUAUACUCCAACAGAUAAUGAGUAUGGUGCUUGGAAGCAUCAUUACAUUGCUUGUGUGUCCAACUUAGAUUGGCCAAUCCCUAGGGAAGCUACUGCUAUGUAUGGGACCUUGAAUGAACCCAAAAGAGAAGAUGAGGAGCUACAGGAGAGACAAAGAGAAAAGCGCCUACGAAAAAUAAUUUGGGAGAAAACUGCGCUACGUAAAAAGGAGUUAUUUAAAGUUCGACCCCCUUGGGCGAGCGGAACGUGCUGCUCUAGAUUGUUAAAAUCCAAAUGCCAGCCACGUCUGUCCCAGACUGUGAGGGAUCGAGUGGGAUUACAUGAAGCUUUGGAGAAACAGCUUGUUUUGGCAUCCUUAGAAGCUUUGCCCAAGCGAAGCAAUGUUUCUGGAAGCCAUUCCUAUCCUUUGUUAUCAAAGAAAACUUGGCAUGGUGUUCAUAAAAAUGAUGACAGCGGUUCAUAUGCUUCCCAGCUCCACAUCAUAUUAAUAUCAUCUCGGAUUCCUGCAUAUGAGAUAGUAGUGGACAGCAUUAAGGCAGGUAUCAUUUCUCUGGUGUAUGAACACUGUGGCUUAACCUUGGAAAGCCUGCUUUAUCUCAUAGAAAAAGCUCUGGAUGGACGGAAGGCACAGAGUAUGGGGAUAUUUAGUGAAGGAGACAGCAGAGAAAUCAAUUUACUCCAAGGUUAUAAAAUUGGUAUUAAAAAUUUAUUGAGGCCUGAAGUGAGAGACUUCUGGGAGAAAUUAGGAAGCUACGUGGCUCCUGAACAAGAAGGGGGUCAUGUGGACCUCUUUGUACCACUCGGAGCAUCCGAGGCAGGAAUAGAAGUUCUUUCUCAGCUGUCUCAGCUAACUGGCACGUUCUUUACUGCCCCCACUGGGAUUGCAACUGGCUCUUACCAACACAUUCUCAGUGAUUGGCUGGGACGACCGUGGGAAAGGGAUCCCUUUGGCAUCUACUUCAGUGAGUCAAAGCUGCAGAUGUGGUCCAGCCUCGCGGACUUUCUGGAAGACACCUUGAAAUCAGUAAGGAAACAGUUAAGUCCUCUCUUCAAGGAGUUGCAAAAGAACAUCAGUGCCAAGAUAAUAGGGCAAUUCAUGUUUGACCACAUGAGUGUGGCUAACAUUCUGAAUAACCAAGAAAUUGCACAAGCUCUGGCAGAUGGAUUGAUGGAACUUUCAAAAGAUAAUUCUGACAAACCUCUGGAAUUUUUGUCAAAUUUUCUGCUGAAGAGAAGUAGUAAAGAAAGCAAGGAUUUUGGAGAAGAUGUUAUUCUGACAAAAUGUGACCCCAAAGCAACAUUCGAUUUAUUCAUGAAGGAAAGAAAUGUUAGAGAAGACAACCCUCAGGACGCAAAAUCAAGUCUCAGCAAAGACGAUCUAAAUUUUGAGACGCUGGUUAAGCUGGAGAGAAAGCUCCAGAUGGACUCGGCUGGAAAGCGAACGGGGGUUGUCAGGGAACUCUUACGGAGUGAGAGAAAAUAUGUACAGAUGCUGGAAACGGUGAGAGAGGUCUACGCAGCACCACUGCAAGCAGCCCUGUCAUCAAAUAGAGCGAUUCUGAGUGCUGCAAAUAUCCGGAUCAUUUUCUCCGACGUUUUGCGGAUUCUAAGUCUCAACAGGCAGUUUCUAGACAACCUGAGAGACAGACUGCAGGAAUGGGGCCCGGCCCACGGCGUGGGAGAAAUAUUCCUAAAGUUUGGAAGCCAGUUGAACAUAUAUACCAAUUUCUUCAACAAUUACCCGGUUGUUCUGAAAACUAUGGAGAAGUGCAGAGAAACGAUACCAGCAUUCCGAGCUUUCCUGAAGAGGCAUGAUAAGACCGUUGCUACCAAAAUGCUGAGCCUCCCGGAGCUGCUCUUACACCCAUCCAGAAGAUUUGAAGAAUAUAUUAAUCUUCUGUACGCUCUGAGGCUUCAUACUCCUGCAGAACAUGUUGACCGUGGGGACUUGACCGCUGCGAUUGACCAAGUCAAAAACUAUAAACGUUAUAUAGAUCAGAUGAAACAAAACGUCGGUAUGAGAGAUCAGCUGUCAGACAUACAGAGAAUCGUCAGGGGAUGCCCGACUCUAUCAGAGGAAAACAGAUAUCUGAUUAGGGUCCAAGAUGUAGCCCAGCUUCACUGCUGUGAUGAGGCAGUAAGUUUCUCUUUAAGGACCUAUGAACACACCCGUGAUCUCAGUCUUUUUCUCUUCAAUGAUGCACUACUCGUUUCGAGUCGGGGCACAUCUCAUACUCCGUUUGAAAGGACUUCAAAAUCAACCUACCAGUUCAUUGCGUCGGUGGCUCUUCAUAGGUUACUUGUAGAGGACAUUCCAGAUUCCAAAUAUAUCAGGAAUGCAUUUAUUGUUCAAGGUCCAAAACGUGAAUGGGUUUGUGCUACAGAGGCUGGGGAUGACAAAUUCCUAUGGUUGUCAGCACUCCAACGUGCCAUCAAAAGCAGUUUGGACAAGUGAGAAAACAUUCUGGGUGCUAAUUCUCCCUGGCAAACACAAUGUAUUUUCUAUUCCAGAAGAUCCAGCAGGAAGCAGAAUGACGAUUUGUCACGGAUGAUAGGAGAACGAACUAGGAUGAUCCCUAGGGACUUUAGUCCCUCCUAACUUUUAAGCUUUAUCAUCCAUGUUCAACUAUGUGAAAUGUACAGUAACAAUUUGAGUCCAAAAUUUUGAAGCACUUCUUUUGGUAGUUAUUUUCAUAGACAAUAUUAUUUUGAUUAAUUUGAAAGUUUUAUUUUGUGAUCUAAUGAAAAACAAAAUUGGA